CCGGCCCUGCCUCUUUCGGUUACCAUUUAGCCCAACGAACACACCACUGAUGAUCCCUCUUUUAUGUUUUUUUAAGAACAAGAAAGAGCACUUGGCAUCGUACAGGACGAGAAGACUCAGAUACAUGGCGAGACACGAACACUACUCAUUAACAUUUAUUAUUUAUUAAACAUGAGCGAGCGAGCGAGACCUCUCUCCCUCUCCUCUUCUUCUCCAUCUUUUCUCAACUCCUCUAUUUCUUGCAGAUUCAUUCAUUCAUUCUUAAUUGCACGUAUAUACUUUUCUUUUCUUAAAAAAAAAAAACUCUCAAUCUCUCUCUAACAUGGAGUAUACUAUUAAUAACAACAGAUAGAUUGAGAUAGAAGAAAUUAAGAGAGGAAAACACAUGACGGGGUCAGCUUCAUUGUCAUCUCCGCUGUGCACGUGGCUGCUCGCGGCUUGCAUGUCGGUCACGUGCGCUAAGGAAAGCGCACACCCGUUGUCUCCACCGUCGUAUAAUUCUAGUCGCAGACGGAAGGCUAAGGCGGCUGCUCUUCCUAUGAAAUGCUGCUGCUGCAGCAGUAUUAGGGGAAUAGUCCAUUCUUCUCCUUCAAAUGACAACACUAAUAAUAAAAGUACGUUGAGUUUUAAAGGAUUAAUGAGCUCUUGUUUGGCUGAUGAACCUUGUAGCCGUUACUACGCUUCUGGUGGACUCUUGAGACGACGACUCAACUCCGAACAUGCGCUUUUUUUGUCUUUAAAUAUUUCAGGGCAAGCCAUGGCUGUAGCUGUGCAACCUACAAGGGAAGUGGAGACAAAAAAGAAACCACUUACGAGGCAAAGGCGAGUAGUUGUGACAGGGAUGGGUGUGGUCUCACCUCUUGGUCAUGAUCCAGGUGUCUUCUACAGUAAUCUUCUCCAAGGUGUAAGCGGUGUGACUCGGAUAGAGGCUUUUGACUGUGCUCAAUUUCCCACGAGAAUUGCUGGAGAAAUCAAGUCUUUCUCAACUGAUGGAUGGGUUGCUCCAAAAUUGUCGAAGAGAAUGGAUAAAUUCAUGCUUUACAUGCUUACUGCUGGCAAAAAAGCCUUGGCGGAUGGAGGGAUUACUGAGGAUGUGAUGGAUGAACUGAAUAAAACGAAGUGUGGAGUUUUGAUUGGCUCAGCAAUGGGUGGGAUGAAGGUUUUCAAUGAUGCAAUUGAAGCUUUAAGGAUCUCAUACAAGAAGAUGAAUCCUUUCUGUGUUCCUUUUGCAACUACAAAUAUGGGUUCUGCUAUGCUUGCAAUGGAUCUGGGAUGGAUGGGACCAAAUUAUUCAAUUUCCACUGCUUGUGCAACCAGCAACUUUUGUAUAUUGAAUGCAGCAAACCAUAUCAUUAGAGGCGAAGCUGAUGUUAUGCUUUGUGGUGGCUCUGACGCAGCAAUUAUUCCUAUAGGAUUGGGGGGUUUUGUAGCAUGCAGAGCACUUUCUCAGAGGAAUGAUGAUCCAACAAGAGCUUCACGGCCUUGGGACAUGAAUCGGGAUGGAUUUGUCAUGGGGGAAGGAGCUGGUGUUCUGCUUCUAGAAGAAUUAGAACAUGCUAAGAAAAGAGGUGCCAAUAUCUAUGCAGAAUUUCUUGGAGGGAGCUUUACGUGUGAUGCUUAUCAUAUGACUGAGCCACGUCCUGAUGGGGUUGGUGUGAUUCUCUGCAUAGAGAAGGCAUUAUCACAGUCUGGGAUAUCCAAAGAGGAUGUGAAUUACAUAAAUGCACAUGCUACAUCCACACCGGCAGGUGACCUCAAAGAGUAUCAAGCUCUCAUGCAUUGUUUUGGCCAGAAUUCUGGUUUGAGGGUGAACGCAACAAAAUCCAUGAUUGGUCACUUACUGGGAGCAGCUGGUGCUGUGGAAGCCAUAGCAGCAAUACAGGCAAUACGGACAGGAUGGGUUCAUCCAAAUAUCAAUCUAGAAAAUCCAGAUCAAGGCGUGGACACGAGUGUAUUAGUGGGCCCGAAGAAAGAGAGACUAGACAUUAAGGCUGCGUUAUCUAAUUCAUUUGGGUUUGGUGGCCACAACUCAUCGAUCAUUUUUGCCCCAUUCAAGUGAACCGGAGCUGCUUGAAGGUGUUGUAAGCUUGUUACUUUGUCUCUCUCUGUUUGCGAUAGCAAGAACACAUCGAGCUGGGGAUAGGAACGUUGAAUAUAUGUAUGAAUUAACGUCUAAGGCCCUGCCAUUCUAUAAUUUCACCAAUGCGUGACAGUAACUCAAUUUUCAGCAGCUCAAAUGUGUAAAAUAUAAAGAUGUGGUAGGUCUAGUAGGAGAUAUUAUCCUAUAACAGCAUGCUAGAUGGAUUACUCGCCCUAGCUACUUCUUGCAGAGUACCACUGGAAUCCUCACAGUAUCCUGUUUUCUGUUGAACUGGCUGAGUUUAAUUAACCUUUCAAAUGUAACUAGUUGGACGUCUGACAUCGAUCAGGUGACUAUUUGUUCGGGAAAGGAGAAUAGUCAGAUUUCGCCGAGUAACUAUUCGCUGGAAAUACUAUUUGUUUUUGUAACUCUCUUUCUCAUAAUAUUAUCAGUAGCGGGCUUGUUUAAUUUUUGUUCCAUGUAGUCAAUUGUAAUGAAUAUUGAGCUAACAAUUUACUGUCAGCAUAAUGGUGGUUUUUUGCGUCAA